UGAUGGGGGUCCUUGAGGAGUGUCCGCGCUACGCCCCUGCAGCCGAGCGCUCCCAUUUGCAACUGGUUUUGGUUUGGAAAUAGGGUGGGAAAGGUGGGAAAUGGAGGCGGUUUGGUGUGGAGCUACUGGGAGAUGUGAGAGCCCUGAGGGGGCUGGUCCCCAAGCCGGGGCUGGCGUCUCUCUGCAAGUGACAGUGACAAGGAUGGCUGUGGGGACAGCCUGGACCUGAGCGAGGAGUGGCAGGACGAGGACUUCCCCAGGUAAGGGGGCGAGGGGAGCAGCACCCCCAAACCUGCUCCUUCCCCACCCCCGGGGGUCCCGCUGACCCCCCCAGGCCCCUGCCAGAGGGGUUGCCAGGGGUGCCCCGUGGCACAUGGGGAGGUGGCUGCCGGUGCUGGAACGGAGUGAGAGCAGGGUGGACGUGCUGGAGACACCCUCGGGCAGAGACGGCUUCAAGUGAGAGGGUGAGACCUGGCCGGGGUGGGGGUGUGGGGGGACCCCCAGGUUCCUGCCCUGGUGCCGCGCUAACCGGCCACCUGCUGAGGAGCUGCCGCACGCCUGUGGCUUUGCCAAGGGGGCUGGCGGCCGGCGGGUGCUGGACAUGGAGGAUGGCGUGGAUCUGAGCACGGUGGAGCCCUACAGCCAGGUCCUCUCCCACGGGGGUAAUGUGAGGCUGGGUUCGAAGGGGGGGACACUCCUGGGUCCCCUCACUGAGCCCGGUGGGUCUGGGAGGGACGGUUGGCACUGGCUGUGCCACCCUCCGCUCUGGCCAGGGUACCACGGCAGGGGCUUCGGCGCCAUCCUGCUCUUUGCCGCCUGCUGCCUCCCGCACGGGAGCAUCCCGCAGUACAGCUACAUGAUGGAGAACCUGCUCAGGUACAUCAUGGGCACCCUGGAGAGGACGGUGGCUGACUGCUACGUCCUGGUGUGCCUGAGUGGGGCGGCAGCGCGGGGACAGAUCCCCUCCUUCGGCUGGAUGGAACGGUGCUACCGAGCUGGGAUGGCAGCCGGGAUGUGACGCGGUGACGGGGACAAGCGGUGGCAUCGGGGGCUCUUGGUGUGCCCAAAGCAGUCCCCAAGCACCCACGGGUGAAUAAAGGAUGUGGAGGGGAGUGCGGUGCCCAGCGUCUGUG